CAAGUCACCACCAACUGACCCCUCCGUCCGUCAUCAUCCAUCAACGCAGGUCCUCCGGGGUCACGCUGCCGUAGCGCUCGUCCUCCCUCCCUCCCUCCCCGCCCUCCGCUGCUGCUCUCCCGCAGGCCGCAGACCCGCACCGUAUCGCGUCCUCCGCCGGCCACGGAAGGGUCGGCGCCAUUGGCGGCUCGCUCCGACCACCCCGGCCGGAACCCACCAGGUGUAAACAUGCUUCAUCAUUCAAAUAGCCGGAACCAAAGGAACAGGGGGUCAAGAAUCAAAACAUUACUCCAAGCUACCUUACUUGUAGGUGUUAUUUUUUGGCUUCUGUAUCAGGUGAAGCAUUCCUAUUAUAAGAAAAAUGAGUACUUGGAUGAUGCUGAGGACCAGCUUGCCCAUAAUGAUAGAAGCAUGUUCCAGGGGAGGAAAGAAAAGGCAGGUAGUUACAGCGAUAGCAACGUGGAAGUGGUUGGUAAACCAGAGGAAGGUUCUGUAGAUCAUAAUUCAGAUACUUCUGAUCAUAAUGGGGAGAAGAGUGGAGAAACUGUAUUCGAUAAAGACAGUUCUGAUUUGCAUGAAGAUGACAAGAGGAAUACUGAGAGCUCAGAAGCUGAGGAAGGACAAGUCAACAGUGCAGAUGGCAAUGCAGAAGCUCAUAGUAAUAACAGUGAAGAUGAAACCACUGGUCAUGCAGAAGAAAACAAGCAUGAUACUGAAUCCAACUCUGAUACUGAGGGUAAAAGUGAAGUCCAUUCAACUGGAGAUGAUAUGUCCCAAAACAAUCAAGCACAAGAGGAAAGCACUGGUGAGACAAGUGGAACAUCUCAUGAUGAAGUGGUGCAAGGUGAUGAAUCCACUGGUGCCAGCGGCAAUGGUUCAGAUGGGGGAGAGGGUGAGAAAAAGGAGGCACUGGGUACUCAAACUGGCUCUGAAUCCCUUCCUGAUGAUGCCAAGACCGAAACAAGUAAUGACCAUGGUAUGGGCAGUCUUCCUGAUGAAACAGGGAAUAUACCAUCGGUUCAUACUGAUAAUUCACAAAAUGAUGCCAAUGAGAUGUCAAAUUCUGAGAACAACAGCGCUGUAACUGACCAGGCCACAAAUACUGAGGCAGAGAACUCCAAAGGAGAUUCAGAUUCUUCUGGUGAAGGAGUGAAUGGUUCCUCAGAUGAGACGGCUAACAAAAGCAAUGGAGCUACUGAAACAUCUAACAAUGGUGGGCAGGUGGAUCCCAAGAUUGAAACCAGCACAUCUACCAAUGACGAGCACAACGAAUCUCAAGGCGGUGAUGGUGGCUCAGGAUCCAGUGACUCAAAUGGCAGUGGCCCUGAACAAACCGGUAAAACUGAAAGCCAGUGAUACUGAUACCACCAUUUGGACACGGAACAUUGUUUUAGUAUACAGAUUUGUUCCUGGAUAAUGAAGAGGAGCUAGUGCACAUAGAAAAACUGUUCAGAUUGUGGCUUAUCGUGAUUUUAGUUGAUGCCGCCAAAGUACAAUUGUGGCAAUUUUGCAGAUUGCGUGAUCGGUUGUCUGCAAUGCUGUUGCUUAUUUCUUGUCAGGUUGUACUCAAUUGCGUCCUUUGUCUAAUUGUCUGCACGAUUAUUAAUCUCUAUGUGGUACUUUGUUCAUUGUUAGAUAUUAUGACAAGUCAUAUGAAAUUGUGAAUGUAACUGGGGGCGAAACGUCCUUUACCUGGUUUCAAUACCGCUGGCAAUGCACUGCUGUUGUUUUCCC